CCGCUUUAUUCCUAAUCAGGGUCACGGGGAUCUGCUGGAGUCUAUCCCAGCACACAUUGGGGGAAAGGCAGGGGUACACCCUGGACAGGUCACCAGUCCAUCACAGGGCCACACAUAUAGACAGACAACCACACACACUCACACUCACUCCUAUGGGCAAUUUAGAAUUACCAAUCAACCUAAUGUACAUGUUUUUGGACUGUGGGAGGAAACCGGAGUACCCGGAGUAAACCCACACAGACACGGGGAGAACAUGCAGAACUCCACACAGAAAGGCCCCUGACCUGUUUGAACCCGGGAUUACCUUCACGUAUGCAAAAAAUAAACUAUAUUGACUUUCCCUUUCUUCAACAUUAGAGGUUCUUCUUAGAUAGAUUCGUUACGUAUAAUCCCAAUUAAGUCAUCAAACUGUGAAAAAAAGCCAUGUGGGUGAAUAUUUACGCCUCUAACACGAGCAGAGUAAAAGCUACUGGUAUUUUGGUGUGUAAUCCCCAGUACAGGAGAACUGGAACUUGAGCUAGAAUGAGGAAUCAGGUGUGAAAACAUUUGCCCCCAUGCAGGGUUUGGGGUAGAUUCUCCAUCCCCCAGAUUCACACAGACGUGUUAGGAGAACUCUGCGGUUUUCCCGAAUGUUCCUCUCAGCCCUUUAAAUGGGAAUGGGGUGGAGGGGCGAGGAAGGCGAGGAAGGCGACUCUAACAGCUGAUACUGUCUGUCUUAAAAUAGCCCAGGUCUCUGAGCUACACCACACACACUCACACACACUGCUCACACACACACUGCUCACACACACUGCUCACACACACUGCUCACACUCUCAGUGGGGAAACCGAGAUCUGAGAGAUCUUUCACUAGAUUCUACAUUAAAGAAUCCAAAUAUUUCUACAACUCCAGAAGAAUUCCAAAGAGAUGCCGAAGAUUGUCCGACCAGAAAACAGCCAACCGGCAAAAACGCUGUGGUUUGACCGCAAAAAGUAUGUCACUGUAAACUUCCUGGUUCAGAAGGCGACAAACGUUCAGGUGGACAUCCAGGACACUAAAAUGAUCCUAAGCUGCAAAGAUGACGACGACAACAACAUCUAUAACGAGAUCGAAUUUUAUGAUCGUGUUCACAAAAGUGAUUCCAGGGAGAAGGUACUUGACCGGACCAUUAAUGUUCUGAUAAGAAAAAUGAAGGACAAUGUCGCCUGGCCUCGUCUCACUAAAGACACAGCUAAGCCAGCCUGGCUAUCGGUAGACUUCGAUAACUGGAGAGACUGGGAACACGAGGAGGAAGACGGCCAGGCCGAGUUCGAGCAGUACAUGGAUAUGCUGUCUGAUAUGAAACAGAAAGGAGAGCCCCCGAGCAUGGAUGACCUCGACUUUGAUGUAAGUGCACUGGUUUUUUUAUUCGAUUGCUAGAAGUUUUUAUAUAAAACAAAGAAAUCUAAAAAUAACACAAUUACUUCCACAGAGCGACUGAGAGACUCUGCCUUCCCGAGGUAAAGCUCUUCACCGGAAAAAAAUCUUCUUAAUGUCUAACACACUUUUAUUUUUGCAUACUAACAAAAGUUCCAUACUUUUCUUUCUUACAGAUUUUUCACUCUCUACAAGACUCAGGAAAAAAAACAGCUGACUAAUUGACCCAUUUAGAGUUACAUUUAGAGGAACAUCCUGGUUCGUCUACACUGAUCAGGCAUAACAUUAUGACCACCUGCCUAACCUUGUGUUGGUGCUGCCAGAACAGCCCUGACCCGUCCUGCACUGUGUGUUCUGACCCCUUUCUAUCAGAACCAGCAUUAACUUCUUCAGCAGUUUGAUCAACAGUAGCUCGUCUGUUGGAUCGGAUCACACGGGUCAGCCUUCUCUCCCCACGUGCAUCAAUGAGCCUUGACCGUCCAUGACCCUGUCUCCGGUUCACCACUGUUCCUUCCUUGGACCACUUUUGAUAGAUACUGACCACUGCAGACCGGGAACACCCCACAAGAGCUGCAGUUUUGGAGAUGCUCUGAUCCAGUGGUCUAGCCAUCACAAUUUGUCCCUUUUGGUCAAACUCACUCAAAUCCUUACGCUUGUCCAUUUUUCCUGCUUCUAACAUCAACUUUGAGGACAAAAUGUUCACCUGCUGCCUAAUAUAUCCCACCCACUAACAGGUGCCAUGAUGAGGAGAUCAUCAGUCUUAUUCACUUCACCGGUCAGUGCUCACAGUGUUAUACCUGAUAUAUAUACACAGAGAGAGAGACAGAGAGAGAGAGAGAGAGAGAGAGAGAGAUUACAGUGUUGUGUACACAAUACACAGUCAUGUGUAUUGUCUGAUAAUCAAAUCCAUAUGAAGACCUGGCACUGCUCACAAUGUUAUACCUGAUCGGUGUAUAAAGACUCCAUCCAAAUAAUGCAAAAUGAAACUUCCCACAUUUUUAAUCUAAAAAAAAAAAGAAAGAAAAA